AUGGCGGCCGCCGACCAUGCUUCUGGGCCCGCAACCACCCAGCCUCUACAAGCGAAUAUAGCAAGCGAGUUUCCUCAUGAGGAUCAAACAGCAGCUGCCUUCGAUCACUUCUGGGCAAGAUUAUGGGCCCUAACGGCACAGACCCCAACAGCCCAACCAGUCGAGAGACAGCUCAUCACCUCCCCUGCACAUACCUCAGCUCCGACAAGUAACACAGCACCACUGACAGGGACAAACCAGGAGAGUGGAAUGAGGACUAAACCCCGACCGACAGGCUGCGGACCACGCAAUAGUCACCGCCAGCCGGGGUCCCGACGAAAGCGGAGAACCCACACACAUGGCCCAUGGCCACUUAAGAUACAGAGAAGCCCCAGGGACGUCGGCGCUCGGCCUAUGACCAGCAACACCACGUUGGACACCUCGCAUACUAACUGUUUAAAAUCCUGUAAGGCCAUUAUAAGAGCACAGAAGGGCUCCUACCCCACGAUAGGAGGUAUAACUCUGCUAUCAGCCCACAGAUCAACAAGGGGAGUGGAGAGGCCCGCAUACCGCUGGGAACAUGCGCUCGCCAUGCGCAAUAGCCACAGAAGACCAGAAAGAGGCAACAGAGCCCCUCCAGCUCUCUCAGCAGCGGUGCCAGAGUAA